AUGAGCAAACCUCCGAAACAGUUUUUGAACGGUACGAAACUACUGCUGAGGAAAGCUUUCAAGUUUCCUUCAGUUGCUUACAUUAAAGCUGUCCGGAAAUACACAAUUCUUCUGCGAGCUGUUGGCCUUGAACUCCUAACUAUCAUUCGGGGCCCUGAACAACGUAAAAAGCUAUUCACAGUGUCAUGGAGAGUCGCUCUUGCAAGAUGUGGAGUGCACAUUCUGCCUUCGGCCGUUUCUAUUGUCCUGAUCACUAUCAAUCUAUUGGGCUACUAUAUUGGCGACGAAUUGCAAGGGUUUCAAGAUGGUGAUAGCAUCAAACUUGGUAUCCUACAAGUCUGCGCCAAGGUGCAAGAACUUCUGGUUGUUUCGAGCCUAUCUGCUGUCAUCUUCUAUGUGUUACGAUCGGAGCUAGUUUUCGGACCAGGAUUACCAUUGGGACUAAUGGGUGCUGGAUUCAGGUUUACAUCUCUCAGCUUCUUCUGGUCCUCUGAGUUCUGGGGGUCGGUCAGGUACAAACAGGCGUCGAGGGGUCGAAAACUCUUGAUAUUUGGACUCUUGGUCAUUUCUGGUCUUCUGGCUGUCCUAGCCGGUCCAACCAGCGCCGUGCUGAUGAUACCGCGAGAGCUAGACUGGAAAAUAGGCGGCUGUAACUUUCAUCUGAACGGAACCAAGGAGGAGAUGUGGCCACAGCGUCCUGAACCACCACCUUUGAACUGCAGUGGAUCUAUCUGGAAGAACAAUUCCCGCUGUCUUGCCAGUGGUUAUCAAUCGAUUCGCGAGAACUUUAUCAACCGACGGGGUAACAGUCAAAUUGGAACUUUAGCUCUGCAAAUAGCAGAUGGUGAUCUUCGCAAGAACGUCCAUGCACGCGUGCGUGAGCCUGUUGCUGAGGGUGUUGCUGGGACUGUAGAAACAUGGGCAUUUACGGCCCACGUCCCCUCAGCAGUUAUGCAAGCUGCCUCUUUCUCCUUGUGGAUAUCCGCACUGAACUACCUUAUAUCGGUCGCUAACUUGGUCACUCACCCAAACCCGAAGCUUCUCGGCUAUGGCUCUGACCGCACAGCUAUUGUCGAGACGGAGCUACCAGUUGCGAGAGUUGUCUGUAGCGAUAAUAUCGAUCUAAUCGAAGACAAUGUUACUUUCGUGGAAGGCAAGUUUCCUACGCUUCCAGAGUACGGUCUGCGAUGGAAAGAAAAUGCAUCUGGUGACCCGUUCGUACUGUACUGGUUUGAGACGGUCGACAUAACCGGUAUUGUUCUUUCUAUGAUCACCACCCCCUCUCAAACACCUAUCAUAGUAAAGCCGAUUGGUCUUCCCAUAAUGCCUGGUCAAGCAAGCUCUGCUGGGAUUAUACUUCUUAGCGCCAUUGACGCAAAAAGAACAAGGUGGAUGAUGCAGGCGUGCUCGGUUGAUGCGAGAUGGGCUAAAGGAAGCACGAAGAUGACCGAAAAUUACAUGAGCGUCAAGUACGACUUUGGAGCUGAUCAGCCUCGGUCUGUCAUCGACAGUGAGAUUGAUUUCAACGGUUUUGGAUGGGGAUGGUUUGUACCACCCAAUGACGGCACAUGGAGACGUAUCAACGUGUCUGCCGAGUGGUUGGAUGCGUUGAACCCAGAGAUACCUGGUGAAGAUCAAUUAGAGACUGGAAGCAGACCACAAACGACUAUAGAAAGUAUUCUUCAGGCUAGUGCGCAUGGCUCGUUGGGCGACCAAGACUCUACUUUGCUGAGAGAGCUUGCAUUGGCUGUUACUAUUGUUGAUGGCCUUUCACGAUCUUCGCAUUAUCGUACUACCAACUAUGGCUCCAUGUUUGAGCCACUCGGCUUAGAACCCUGGAACAAGUCAUCAUCUAAAUCUCUGGUUCGUCUAGGUGGCCCGACAAACACUCUAGGGGCAGAGCAGGAGACCAAUAACGCGAAACUGAAGAUGAGGAUACAAAUACAUGGUUAUGCAAUGUCUGUUGUCGGAUGGUUCGACUAUCUCUGCAUUGCCGUCUUAUUGAUUCAUACUAUUAUUGCCCUUGCCCAUUCAAUCUGGAUUGUAUGGCAUCGCAGGACGAGCGACGCCUGGGAAAACAUAACAGAAAUGUUGGCACUUGGACUCAACUCGGAACGCCCAGACCUGACCGGUGAAGAUGGAUUGUCAAAUACUUCAGCAGGCAUAAGAACUUGGGUACCGACCCAACAGGUUGGCUGGAUUGAGGCUUUUGAUAGUCGAGACGCAGCAUCAGUCGUACCUGGCAACCCGCCAGACUAUUGCGAGCAGCUACAACUCAGGUUUGGUCAAAUUCGGCAUAUCACAGGGACGCAAAGAGACAGCCCGUUUCAGGCAAACGAUACUGUGGAAUAUGGGAGGCUCGAGAAAUGA